AUGCUGUCGUCGAUACUCCUCGCUCUGGUGGUAGUCGGACUCGGGGUGGGGGUCGUGCUGAGUCUAGGGCGAAAUGCCGACUACUAUCGUCCAGUGUUGUACUUUGCGAAAGUCACGGAAGAUAUAGAAGUGCUGCAGUCGAGCGGGAGUGCCGAGACGAAGGUCGAGACGUUGGGCUCGUUGAUAGAGCAUAGGUGCCCAAGUCUUUCCAGACACUUCAAACCAAUCUGGUGGCUCUUCAGCGGACAUCUGCAGACUGCGUACUCCGUAGUCGGAGACUUCUCUAAGGUGGAUACAGUAGAGUAUGAAAGGACCCUCCUACGGACCCUGGAUGGUGGGACUCUUGGUUUAGACUUUACGCCGCCCGAGAAUGUGCGGCAGCUCCCAGAUAAUACACCCAUCAUCGUAGUGCUUCAUGGCCUGACGGGAGACGACGCCCUUCUCGACGGCUCGCGCGAGAGAAGUUCUGAUUUCAUGUUGGGAUACGUCUCAAAUGAAGCACUUGCAUCAGGCUCCCAUGAAUCAUAUGUGCGCGCGGUUCUGUCCCCCGCAUGCAUGCCUGCAUCGGGUGGAGGGCUAGGAUACCGCGCGGUUGUAGUGAAUUUCCGCGGAUGUGCGGGUGUCCCGGUGACAAGUACCCAGCUAUACUCGGCAGGGCACACUGAAGACAUCCGUGCAGCGAUGUACUUCAUCCGCAAACGCUACCCGGAGGCGCUCCUCCUUGGUCUGGGGUUCUCGCUCGGCGCGAGCGUACUCACUCAUUACGUUGCCGAAGAGGGCGAAGACUGCAGACUUGCCGCUGCAUGCGUUCUAGCUUGCCCCUGGGACUUAGUGAAGAACAGUGAAGCGCUCGAAGGCAAUUGGUUCCACCGCCACGUCUACUCCAAAGCGCUUGGCGCGAACCUCCAAGCCAUUGUCAAACAGCAUGCCGCCGGCCUGACCACGCUGCCCUCGCACCCCGUCGCGCAGGCGGUUGCCCCGACCCUCGCACUGCGGUCGCCCGCGCUCAAGACGUUCGACGAGACGUUCACUCGCAUCGCGGGCGGGUCCUCGCCGCCCUUCCCAUUCCCGAGCGCGCGCGCGUACUACAUCUGGGCGUCGUCGCACACCGUGCUCCCGCGCGUACGUGUGCCAUUCCUCGCCAUCGCCGCGGAGGACGACCCGAUCGUGCAAGUGCUCCCCGUGCACGCGGGUCGAAACGGCUGCGUCGCGUUCGCGGUGACGAAGAAGGGUGGGCACCUCGGGUGGUUCGAGAGGGGCGCGAAUGGGACGAUCGGGCGGUGGUUCACCCGGCCGGUGUUGGAGUGGCUGAAGGCUGUUGGGAGUGAUAUGGUCGUGCGUGAGCGAUCUGGGAAACCGCUGAAGGAGGUGGACGGGUUCCUGAUGGAGGUGGGACGCGACAAUGUCGGGUGCAAGCAGGUCGAAGGCGGCGGACGCGUGAUUGGGACGGAGGGGGAGGAAGGCCUUCUGGCUGCACACGAGGGUAAUUUACCCAGCUCGUCGGGCCUCUUUGACGACCUGCGGGCCGUCGUUUGA